UGAAAAAUGGCAAAGCUGAAACAGGAGCAGCUACACGAGUUAAAUAUGCGCAGAGAAACGUGGUGUUGUGUAGAAGUGAAAGGCAGGAUCUGGGAUCGUCCUGAAAGGAGACAUUUUGCUUGUCAGCACCGAAACACCUGCGACUUCAGCGCCAUACUGACGGUGAAACCCGAAGAGCGAUCUUCCUGGAUGACCAGCCAGGCGAGUUAUCGCGAGAAGAGGCACGUUAACGAGAGCUAUGAAUCUCAUUUCAUGUGAACAACUUCAAUCAAGCUCAUCUCUUCCAAAACAUAUGACAAUGCUGCAGUAAAUGCAUGUAGCUACCAUUUGAAUGAGUGUUUGGAGAAAUUCUUUGUGACAUUAUAAUGGUUUGUGUCCUAUGAAGUGAUGUUGA